ACUAGUGUGGAACGGUCUCCUUUAAUUCAAAUGUUUUACAACGCAUUACGCUAUUCUAUGGGAGCUUACGUAGAUAGUCAAAGUGUGUCUACCUAAUUAAACAAGUGUCUUUGUUCGACUCGGAUGAAAAAAUUAACAGCUUUGUGCCUUUGCGACAGGCGGAAAAAUUCUAUCUCUUUGAAAUCAGCCGACAAAAACCUAAGGAAUAUUGAGCAGCUCAGAAAAGCCACAAACGGAAAAUGGAUUUCGCCGCGAGUAAACACUCGGACAUAGCGGCAUUUUUUGCCAACAAAACGCUGUUGAUUACUGGUGGAACCGGCUUUAUAGGAAAGCUUUUGGUAGAGAAGCUGCUCCGCGCAUGUCCGGAUAUCAGAAAGAUCUACCUCGUCAUACGACCUAAGAAAGGCGUCAGCCCUCAAAAGCGACUCGCAACUCUACUUGCAGGCAAGGUAUUUGAAGGGGUGAUAAAUCGUCGGCCUGAAGCCUUGAACCAAGUGGAGGCACUCGUCGGAGAAACGUCUGAGCCACUUCUCGGUUUAUCUGAAGCUGACCUUGCCAGAAUCAAGUUGGAGGUUGAAAUUGUGAUUCAUUCUGCUGCAACCGUAAAAUUCAACGAGCCUUUAUCGGUGGCGACGCGAGUUAAUAUCGGCAGCACCAUACAGAUGGUCGCUCUUUGUCGUCAGAUGCCGAAACUCUGUUGUCUCUUACAUGUAUCGACUGCUUAUGUCAAUGUCACCGAACCAUCAGACGUUAUCGUCGAAGAGCGGGUCUAUCACUCGAAGUUGUCCGGCGAAGAUUUACUAGAGUUAAUCGAACGUCUGCCUCCGGACGCACUGGAGGCAGCGACGCCGAAGCUUAUGCUCGGGUUUCCCAACACUUAUACAAUAACAAAGAAACUAGCAGAACAGGUGGUUGAAAAUUCAGGCUUACCUGCUAUUAUUGUGCGUCCCUCAGUCGUGAUCGCCACAAACAAGGAACCAUUUCCGGCUUGGAUUGAUAAUAUGAACGGUCCGACUGGUUUCUUAUUGGCUCUAGGCACCGGUGUCUUGUCCGUCGUCCGAACAAAGCUUUCUCUCAAACCAGAUAUCGUUCCUGCAGAUUUUGUCGUAAACUGUAUCAUUGCCGCAGUAUACCGACGUGCAACUAACUGGUUUCACCUAGAUACUCCGGUACCGGUGGUUCAUGCCUGUAUGGGCCACGAACGAAAUCUGCCCAUGUUCGACUUUAAGGGUCGUUGCGAAAAACUUGUAGCUGAAUUUCCACCAUUAAACUGCAUUCGUUACCAAGGAGCAGCUGUUGUGGAAACCGAAUGGGAAUUUCGGCUGAGAAUGUUUUUGUUUCAUAGGAUUCCUAUGGAGUUAGCUGAUCUGUUUGUAUGUCGCUUAGCUGGCAAGCAGAUUGCCAUUAGGAAAAUGUAUCAUCGCCUCGUGGACAGCUUGGAGAUGCUUGGAUUCUUUUUUUUGCAGGACUGGAACUUUGAAACGACCAAUUCGAAACAGCUUUUCGACGGCCUAACUGAGACAGAUCAAUAUUUAUUCCCGAUGAUGUCGACCGAAGAGUUCUGCUGGGAUGAAUUCUUCAUGAUCUAUUUGUCCAGUAUUAAGUACUUCGUCUUGAACGAGACUUUGAGCCAGCUGGAACCAGCGCGUCGAUGGAGACGAAAGUUGGCGAUUAUUCAUUAUGCAACAUUGUUACUCAGCUAUUUCGUUUUGGCAAAGGUCUUGGCGAAGACGAUCGAAUUUGUCGUUGAAGUCGACAUUCCGUUACUGUGAAGAGUCGAACGUGUUUAUGAGUUCUAGAGCAGAUUUUUUAGAGACAAGUGUGGUACUUCGUCUCUGCUGUUCAUCGUCAAUUAGAGAACUCCAUACUUCUACUUAUUCAUUAACGCUGAAUCUGCGAAGAAAAUCGAUAGACAAUUGCGUUCACUUGGGUACCGUUGACUUACUUUCAUACUAUAUAUAGUAUAUAGAUAGAUAUUGUUAGUCUUACUGUGAUCUACUGUGAGCCGCGUCGCUUUGAGUGACCGUUGCUGCUGAUCGAGUUUCCUAUUCGUUUUUCCUGUCUCACGACUUUGCCCCGAGCUCACUUGUACUGUCACCGACUUCAACAAAAAUGUCGUAGAUAAGAGAACCUUGAUAACGCCAGCCAUCGAUUCGUGUAUGAUACCCGUGGCGAUAGGUGGUGCUGAACAGCCGAAGCAUAUUGUCGUCCUAUACUCUUGUGUAGUCUUUUAUAAAUAAAGCAUACUUCUUAUGGUC